AUGGAAAGUACAAAAUUAUCUUUCUCCAGAUGCUUAGCUAUUAUGAUACUCUUGCAAAUGACAGCAAGUUCAGAACAGUUCACAGUGAAUGGCUUACAGAGUCAAAUUAUAGCCCCACUUGGUGGAAGAAUUGAGCUCAGUUGCCAGCUUUCCCCACCACAAAGUGCAGAACACAUGGAGAUACGGUGGUUCUGGGAUCGCUACACACAUCCCAUUCUGGAAAAAUUAUUACCAAGUAUGGAGCGGACAGAGCUCCUGAAAGAAUCCAUUAAAGAGGGUAAAGUGACCCUCAGGAUCCUGAAUGUCAGUGUUGAGGAUGAUGGCCAGUACCACUGCUUAUUCAAGGAUGGUGAAUUCUCUGAUGAAAACAUCUCAGACAUGAAGGGCACAGGUUCCCAGAAACAUCAUCUUGGCAACCGUUGCUGGUAUUUGGUGAAAAUCGUAUGGGGCAGAGGUACACAGCAUGCAGCUCACUCAACAAUGGGUGAUUCCAGUGAACAGCCUAAAGUCAAGUCAAGGCAAGUCACCACCAGCAGUGGAAACCGGAGCAACAGAAGCAUAGCUUGA